AUGGAUCAUUCUCCAAAUAGACCUUCUGUGUCUCCUUUAUCUAGAACUCGUAUGUAAUCUGAAUAGACCCUCAAAUUACAAGACCUAAAAUAUAAGGAGAAACUAUUGCAAAUGGAUAAGAUAAACGCAAGUACCCAACAUAUUUGUAAUUUUAGAAUUGUAGUCCUAACUUGAUGAGACCCUUUUGGAAUUAGAAAAGGCAAAUAAAAACCUACAUCUUUAGAAUCAGAUGAAGGAAACUUAAGACAAUGAAUAUCUGAGACUUUUGAAGGAAAAUGAAUUACUAAAAGGAGAUCUAUAAUUUAAGCUUCAAGAAAACGAACUAAAUAAGUAGAAGUUAACAUAAUAGAAUAAAUAAUAUUAAUCUUCCCUUGAAAACCUCAAGUAAUACAUUAGCGUUUAAAUUUAGAGAAUAAUAUGAAUAGCUCUAACAGUCAUUAAUGAAUAAGUACAUAAUUGAAAUGAAUUAAAAAUUGCAAGAUCAAAAGCAAUAAUAUGAUCAUUUUAGUAGAUUGUAAAGUGAAAGAUUGAAAGAAAAUGAACAUUUAGAAAAAUAGACACAGGAAUAACUAUUAGAUUGUAAAUAAUAAAUUUAAGAAUUUUUAAUUAAAAUAAGUGAAUAAAAACAAUAAAUUGAAUCACUCCAAAAAUAAUCCAAUAUUGAAAAGUAGAUUAUAGCUGAUAAAGAAUUAUAAGAGUAGCUUCUCCUGAAAAAAAUAGAAUAAAUUCAAAUAGAACUUAGUAGAGUGACUACUGAUUUAGAUAUUUCAAAAGAGAAAUACAUCAGAUUGGAAAAAUAAUAUGAAGAAAGCAUUACUAAUAUAGUAUAAAGUAAAGAUUAAUAAGCUGAAGAAUAAACUACAAAAUUAUAUUAAUAACAUGAAUAAUCUAUUCAAAAUUUGACAUAACAAAAUUAAGAUAUUUGGAAAUAGCUAUAAGAAUUAAAAUCAAUAAAUCAAGUUUAAUAGAAAGAGAUUACAAGAUUGUCUCAUACAAAUCAAUAAUAAGAAUAAGACAUAAUUGAAAAGGAUAAGAAAUUAAAAGAUUUAUCAUUAAAUACAAAUUAAUCAUCUGAAUAAUGUAUUAUUCUUCAAUAACGUUUGCUUUAAACUGAACAAGCAUUGCAAUUAUAUAAAUCUUAAUUAGAUGAUUUCAAAUAAACUAGAGGUGAUUUUGAAUAAAGGAUGAUGGAAAGAAGCAAAGGAAUAUUGAGAUAAAAAGAAUAAGAAUUUUAAUAAAUUCAAUAAUUGAAUGAACUAAGAAUUUCUGAAUUGACUUAGGAAAUUGAAAGAAUGGAAAACGAACAUUAAAAUUAAAGUUUUAAAUAGUUACAAGAGAAGCUUAUGGGAGAAUCUAAUAUAAAGUCCUUAUAGGUGAAAAUUGCUGGAAUUGAAGAAUAGAAUUCUACUUUAUUAUAAUAACUAGAAGAAACAAGACAAGAAUUGUUACAAAAAUCAACAAUAUCUGAAAAUUUGAGUGUUCAAUUGAACAAAGAAAAAACCUAUAAUUAAACAACUCUAAGAAUAUAAAAGAAUUAGAUGUCUGAUUUGUAACAAAAAUUAAAAGAAUAUUAAGUAGAAGUGGAUAGAUUAUCAAGUGAUGUUAGGGAAAGAGAUGAUAUAUUAGAAAGUCAAAGAAUUUAAUUUGUGAAUGAGAAAAAUGAAUUAGAACAGUAAAUCAAAAUUAUAUUUGAUAAGAUGGGUUAGUAAAGAUCACGAAUUUAAGAAUUAGAUGAUCAAAAUUAUUAAUAAUAAUGUCAAAUUCAAAAACUUUCUGUAGAAAAAGAUAAAUUAGAGAAGGAUCUUAAAUAAUUAAACAUUACAACUUCUGAGUAAAUCAGAAGACAAUAGGAACAAAUAACAAACUUUAGUAAAUAAAUUGAGGAAAACUAAUAAACAAUUCUUCAAAAUGAAGAACAAAUAUAAAACGAAGAAACAUAGAUUGCAGAACUAUAAAGUUAACUUGAAGAAUAAUAUGCUCAAAAUUAAUAAUUAACCAAAGAAGUUACAGAAUUAAAUGAUGAAUUAGAAGAAACUAGAUAAGAUAGAGAGGCUAAGAUUUAAGAAAUGGACUAAUGGAAGAGAUAAUUUAAAUAAAAUAAUGUUCCUUUAUCUGACUAUGAUUAAGUAAAAAAAGAAGCUGAACAAUAUAAAAUUAAAUCAAUGGAUCAAGAAUAAUUAAUCAAUAAAUUAGAAACAUAAUAAUAAGCUAAUUAUAAAGAGAUUAAUCACUUAUAAGAAGAAUUAUCAUAAUAUAAAUCAAAUUACCAAGAUAUUCAAUAAUAAUUAGUUAAUAAAAAAAAAGAGAAUGAUAAUAUGAGUACAGAAUUAGAAAAUUUGAAAAGAGAAUAACAAAGAACAUUGAAUUAAUUAAAGGAUAUUGAAUAAAGAGAUUAAUAGAAUAGUGAAUAAGUAAUUAAAUAAAAGAGAGAAAUUUAAAGAUUGUAAAUAUUGAUAUUUAAUUAUUAGGAAUGAUGAUAUGGAAACUAAAAAUAGACAGUUAGGCAAUAUGGAAUAAUAAUUAAAUAAAAAAUUUGAUGAAGUAGCAGCUAAAUAAAGAGAGAUUGAGGAAUUGAAGAGAAAAUUUCAAUAAGAUGCUCUUGGUAGAAUGACUACAAGUCCUUCUUAAAAAUCUGUGAUGAUGGCUUCAUAAAAUGUAUAAAAUUAAUUUAAAUUAGAUGGCUGCUCGUUCUACUGCUAAAGGAUUAACUACAAAAAUAUAAGAUUAAUAAAAUUGA